AUGCCCGACGUUAAGAGGAGUGUCAAGCUCGUAACAGAGCAGCACGUCAUUAACAAGGACUCUGGUGUCGAAGGUUUCCCGCUCAGAUCAUGGUCAAUUGAGGUGUAUCUCAUCAAUGAGCACGGGGAGCAGGUGCCAGCCAACAUCUUCGAUAAGGUUACCUACUCGUUACAUCCUAGUUUCGGAAACCGUGCGAUUCAAGUUUUCAAGAACCCUCCGUUCAGAAUUCAAGAGGAGGGAUGGGGUGAGUUCGAUAUGCAAAUUGGCCUCACUGCCGCGGACAACAAGGAGCAUUCCAUUGCACAUGAUCUCAACUUUGGAUCAUCGCGCUAUGAGUCCAAACACGUCAUUACGUUCAAGAACCCCAAGCCAGCCUUGCUAGCGGCACUCCGUGAGUCCGGACCAGUCCCCGGCGAUGAGAACGGUGUGAAGUCGAAGCGUUCCGCGGGUGGAGAAGAAGGAUCUAAGAAGAAGAAGCGAACGGACAGGAGCGUCGACAUGGAUAAGCUAGCCGAUGGCCUUCAGCGACUUGGGGAAGACGACCUCCUCCAAGUGGUACAGAUGGUACAUGACCACAAGGCUCCGGAUUCUUACACUAAGAACGACGUGGAGCAGGGAGAAUUCCACGUCGAUCUGUAUACACUGCCAGACAACCUGAUCAAAAUGCUCUGGGAAUUCACACAGGAGAAAGGAGCUCUGUCCUAA